AGGUUGGACUUUGGGAAAACCCGGAAAUAAUGUGUUGGAUGUGUGGUUGCAAAACCAGCCUUUUUUUUUACAUUUGAAAACAGCGAAAACAGAGAAUAAACAGGCGAAGUGUGGACUACCCAAUCACAUGGCGAUUAGGGAAAAUGAGGAUUAUCCAGGCACUUGUGACCUUUGAGAUGUCCUUGCAUUUUACUAAGGAGGAAUAGGCUCAGUGAGAUCCAGGCCAGAGAACUCUAUGCAAGGAGGUCAUGCAGGAGAUUCAUGAGAUGGCAACCUCGCUGGACAAAGAUUCUUUUGCCCUUAAUCAAUAGCUAUGGAAGGAGACGGGGGUCAAGACUGAGGGAGAGCCAUCAGAAGUAUCACUGGAAAAAACUGAGGAGCAGAUGCAGGAACAGAAAUGAGGAGUCAAGAUGGAGCAAAGAGACAAGAGGGGAGACAAACACAGCCCCCAGGAUAUGAAUCCAGAAACCUCUCAGGAUGCUGCAUAUAAAAUUCAACAGGAAACUGAAUUGAAGUACGAAUGCUUGGAAUGUGAAAAGAGAUUUCAGUACAGCUCAGAUCUUACCUCACAUCAAAGAUUGCAUUCAGGAGGGAAACCUUAUAUAUGCUUAGAGUAUGGAAAGAGCUUCAGUCAGAGUAGCAGCCUUACUUCGCAUCACAGAACUCACACAGGGGACAAACCUUACAAAUGCUUAGAGUGUGGAAAGAGCUUCAGUGAGAGUAGCAACCUUACUAAGCAUCACAGAACUCACACAGGGGACAAACCUUACAAAUGCUUAGAGUGUGGAAAGAGCUUCAGUCAGAGUAGCAACCUUACUUCGCAUCACCGAACACACACAGGGGAGAAACCUUAUAAAUGCUUGGAGUGUGGAAAGAGCUUCAGUGAGAGUAGCAGCCUUACUUCGCAUCACAGAACACACACAGGGGACAAACCUUAUAAAUGCUUGGAGUGUGGAAAGAGCUUCAGUAGGAGUGGCCACCUUACUUCGCAUCACAGAACACACACAGGGGACAAACCUUAUAAAUGCUUGGAGUGUGGAAAGAGCUUCAGUGAGAGUAGCAGCCUUACUAAGCAUCAAAGAACUCACACAGGGAACAAACCUUAUAAAUGCUUGGAGUGUGGAAAGAGCUUCAGUAGGAGUGGCCACCUUACUUCGCAUCACAGAACACACACAGGGGACAAACCUUAUAAAUGCUUGGCGUGUGGAAAGAGCUUCAGUAGGAGUGGCCACCUUACUUCGCAUCACAGAACACACACAGGGGACAAACCUUAUAAAUGCUUGGAGUGUGGAAAGAGCUUCAGUAGGAGUGGCAACCUUACUUCGCAUCACAGAACGCACACAGGAGACAAACCUUAUAAAUGCUUGGAGUGUGGAAAGAGCUUCAGUAGGAGUGGCAACCUUACUUCACAUCACAGGACUCACACAGGAGACAAACCUUAUAAAUGCUUGGAGUGUGGAAAGAGCUUCAGUCAGAGUAGCCACCUUACUUCUCAUCAAACAACUCAUACUGGGAUCAAACCUCAUAAAUGCUUGGAGUGUGGAAAGUGUUUCAGUCAAAGAGGCAACCUUUCUAUACAUCAAAGGACUCACACGGGACAAACCUUAUAAAUGCUUGGAGUGUGGAAAAAGCUUCAGUGUCAGUAGCAACCUUACUUUGCAUCACAGAACUCACAGAGGGGAAAAGCGUUAUGAAUGCCUGAAGUGUGGAAAGACCUUCAGUCAGAGUGGCAGCCUUACUUCACAUCACAGGAGUCACACAGGGGACAAACCUUAUAAAUGCUUAAGGGACAUCAAAUAAUCCAUACAAGGGAAGAGUCAUAUAAAUGAUUUGAAUUGGGAACUGUUUACUGCUUCUUUGCUAAACUCCAGGUUUUCCUACUUGCGUUUUGCUUGUUCUGGGGCCUUUGCAGCCCAACUUUGUUUGUUGUCUUCUCUUCCAGGCAUCUCUUCUCUUCUUGCUUUGAAGCUCUCCCUUCUUCAGGUUUGAGGCUCUUUGUGGCCAUUGUCCUCUAAGCCGGUCCUUGGGGCUGGAGCUUUCGCUCAUAUUUGAACAGGUUUGUUUUUCUCCGUUUUAUUUACAUACAUUUCUUGUUUUAAUAUUUUUUCUUAUUCUCAGGUGAGGUUUAAAUUUCAAUAUUUUAUUCUUCCAACCUUUUCCCUUCAUCUCUGUUCUUCUGGAUCCUAGGACCCUACAUUCAACUGGUUCCUUUGAAUCCUUGCUGGCAUAGGAAGUUAUCAUAUUCUUUCUUGUCUUUUUUUCUUAAUAUUUAGGAUAAAUGACUGUAUAGCUGUAAUGUAGCAGAGUUUUAACUAGUUUGGACUGGUGGAAGGGGUAUAUGAAAGUAGAGUUACAUAAUAGUUAAAAUUGUUACUAGUCUUGGAUGCCAUCAUUAUUGUUUAUAACAACUGAAUUGCACAUUGUUCUUCUGAAUAAAGUUAAG